UUAGCCCAACCAAACACAAAGAAUCUUGAUAUACAGAACAGAGAGAGACAGGGCCUCGCCUCCUUUGCACAACAAUUCAUUCGGAAAUCCCAAUAGAGGAGAAAGUUCUCAUCCCCUUCCAAGUCCUUCCAUUGUUACCAUUUCAAGGUUUUUACUUUUUUGUUUUUGUUUUUGAAUUUUGUUUUGUUUUUGAAAAACAUAUAUCCAGUUGCCCUCAAAGUCCCACAUAAGACACUUUCAGAGGCAGAAGAGAAUCGGGGGGAUCUUGAACAAGAGGAUCUGUCAUCUGCGAGAGACCCCAUUCUUGUACAUCCCCAACAAGAGGAGAGAGAGCCUAUAAUCAUGCCAUCAGGUGCUAAGAAGAGAAAAGCUGCCAAGAAAAAGAAAGAAAAGGAAACCCACAAUGGCAAAUCCUCAACCGACGACAAUCCUCAAGGUAAUAAUGAAGUGACCUCCCAAGAUGAGAAAGGAAGUGAUGGUGGUGAUGUUGGCUCCACUGCAUUUCAGGAGCAUCAUAACCAGCAGGAUCCAUUUAAGAAGAGCAAUGAGGAGCUGGGCGAGCGAGGCCCAUCAUCAGUUCCACCUGUUGUUUCUGAGGACAAGUCCGGGAAGGGAGCUCCUAGUGGUGUGGAGGCUGUUCAGAAGGUUGGAUUGAAGAAUGAUGAUGGUGUUAGAAUUGAGAGGGAAUUGAAACAGGAUUCCGCAAGCAAAAAUGUGAUUAUUGAGCAUGCGAAAUCUGCAAAGGGAUCACAUAAUGGGGAUGAUAGAAGCUCAAGCAGUAGUAGUUCAGAUGACGAGUCUCAAGUUGUUGAGAGGAGGCAGAAGGAGGAUUCCUAUGCUUCAGUUUCAGAGGAGAAACCUCAUAAUGAUUUGGUAAGGUCAAUUGAUUCUUCACCACCAGAAGUGAUUCAGACUACCGAAGGUGCACCAUCUGUGAAGAAUACAAGUUCAGUUACAGAGAGUACACCGGUUGAAAGUUCAGUUUUCUCCAAUGUUGUAGUAAAAACGGGGUUGGAGAAUGGUGCAGAGAAAUUGUUGCCUACUGGAACUCCUGUAACUUUGACGGAUCCUGUAUCAAAGAAAAUUGAGAAUAGAACAUCUCCGUUACUGAAUGAGACUGCUAAGGGGUCUUCAAGUAUGGUGGAAUCUGUUUCUAGAGAAAAUGAAAGUAAAGUAUUGCCGUCAUUAGGUACUUCUCGGGCUCAAGUUAGUAAUGAUGCUGAAUCCAGCAAAAAUCCUGAGAUUCCAGAAUAUUCUGAAAAGCAGCCUCUGGUAGCUCCGGCCCCACCAGUUCCCCGAAAAACAUCUUGGUUUAGCUGCUGUGGAAUUCUGGAAGUGAUAACAGGCUCCAGUAGAUAAGUUCAGGUGUUGAGUAGCAAAGCAGAGAGAAGAAGAGUUUUGUCUGAUGCAGAACGAAGCACAAAGGGUUUCAGUGGACUCUUUAAGCUUGUGAAAGAGAAGACUCUUCAGAGAGUUUUAUGAUAUUUUGAUAUUAGAACUUUAUAAAUUUUCCCUAAAGAAUAAUGGGCUAGAGGCCUGAUUAGAUUUGUGGUGAUAGUGUCGGGAAUCGUAGGCAGCUGUAUAUCUCCUGCUUUUACAACCUUUCUUUCUUGUUAAUUUUGCAGAAUAGUUUUCUAUGUCAAUUUUAGUUCCUUUUUUGCAUUGGUAGGCCAAUGGUGUGACAUAAAUUUGCAAAAACAUUUUCACUUGAUGUUGUGAUGGAUCUGGCUUUUUCUUAUACAUAAUAAGAAAAUUUCUGCCCCUUUA